AUGAGUGCUGCUAAGAUUCUGUGGAAGGAGGAAAUACAUGGCGAGCUUAAGCUAUUUUACGCGAGCGUCAAAGCCCUCUGUUUUAUCGUGAACUUCCAUUGGAAGCACGUCAGCGAGGUGGUGAAUGGAAAUGACGCGUAUCUCAUCCAUGUAACUUUGGGUCACUUGGAAUCCGCAAUUGCGUUCGAAGCUCUGGAUUCGCCCUUCCAUGAAGCAUUUACAAGCGCUCCACGGUAUGAGAAAUUGCGCAUUUUCAAUGAACAUUGGGAAAGGCUUCAGAAACUGGGCGACUAUGAUAUGACCCUCCGAUAUGCCAGAUCAUGUAUGAAAUUCGGAACCAAUGAGGAAGAACGCAACCAGUUCAUCAGAUUGUUGGACUGGUGUGAAGAGAGACUUCGACUACGGUACCCUGAGAACCAUUCUGACCUGGCACACGAAGAGCUUUCUACCAACGCGGUUGGUUCAGCAUCUAUCGCCGUAUGGAGCGCAGCGCAGUCCAUUUUCAAGGCUUUUGUGGCCUGUAGCAACUGCGAAUGCAUACCUGCCCACGACAUCGGGGUCCGGCUUCGUUUAGGUACAUAUUUGCAGCAUACUCUAUGCAAAGAGGAAGAUACAGACGACUGCCUCAACUUCGACAUAUUCCUUUCUAUGAAACAGGGGUGGAAGGAGGCUCGUGUAUUCAUGGUGAAAGAGAUACCAGAGAGUGCUGUGCAAAUUCAAACCAACAACCCAACAGAGCAACCCGGAAGAGAGAAAAAGGCGACCAAGAUAAGACAAAUGAGGCUAAAACAACUCUAUGCUGUGCUUUAUCUACACGAUACUCCGUGGAUACAACCUACAUGGAGCUCUUCGCACGUCUUAUUUCUUCCCACAACUUCUUCGUCCGUUCCUUUACAACCAUUCAUCCAAACCCCUCUGGCGAGUCACUACAACUCUAGCCAGAUUUCCUGCAUCGACCCGGAUGAACUUGACCCUGAUGAUCCAGUACACCACUGCCCACUUCUAGUCACACUAGCAGUGAUGCUUAUGGAACUGUACUUUGCUGUGCCCUUCGAUAUUUUGGCCAAGCAGUAUGGUUUGGACAUCGCAGGGGAUAAUCAAUCACCAAUCUCUACAUUGAGCUCAAUCUCUCGCGACAAUCUUGACGAGUUUGCAAAGACCAUCGACAUUGCAAAUUGGGACCAAAGUAUACAACAGCAAGCUCGAAAUGAGGUUAUCCACCACGAUCUUCUGCGGGCGAAUUUUCUGGCCAAUACUCCGACAAUUGUCAACAUGUCUGUCCAUGUUGUGCUACUAGAUCUCUACGCAAUGCCUCUCGAGCAACGACGACAGAUGACGAAUGCCGAGCUUCUCGAUUUUUUGAUGACGAAACCAUUUCUGAGGCACAUACCAAGGAAUCACAUUCUUCAGCGCUCAAACUAUCAUUUGUGGAAAUUUCGAUAUCUUGACGUCUACGGCAAAUUCAUUCCCCAGAGUUCAAUUCUACCCAACAUCAAAAUUGCGAUUCUUGACACGGGUGUUGACGUACAACAUCCAUAUAUUGAUGCACGCUUCGAGAAUAUUCAAGGCAGAUAUAACUGGCUCAGCGAGGAUGGGCCCGCAAACGUGCGUGUGGUUACGGAUAUGAGCGGCCAUGGCACGUUCGCGGCGAGUCUGAUUCUGGAUUACGCACCUGAUGCCCAACUUUUUGUUGCCAAAAUAGCUGAAAAGGAACUAUUGAAGUCCAACGUGAUUGCCAAGGCCAUUAAUUAUGCAGUCUCUACUUGGGAAGUGGACGUCAUCUCAAUGUCAUUUGGAUUUCCCACAUGUAACAUGGAUGAUUACCACGAACUUGAAGAUGCUCUUGCAAAUGCUCAUGCGAAACGUGUAUUGCUUUUUGCCGCAGCUUCGAAUAGCGGAGGGAAGCUGGGCCGCGCAUAUCCAGCUCGCGAUCAGAAUGUCAUUGCCAUUCAUGCGACAGAUACAUAUGGUAAUCGAUCGCCGUUUAGCCCUACAGCGUUGUCUCACGAUAUCAACUUGGCGACGGUCGGCGAAGCCAUUGAGUCGGCGUGGCCAGUGUAUCUAUUGGAUAACUCCAGUUCCAAGGCCCUUAGAUGUAAAUCUGGCACAUCGUUUGCGACUGCUAUAGCAGCCGGGAUUGCGGCUUUCCUCUUGCUAUAUGCAAAGAUACAUUUACCAGAUAAAGCUGACGCGUUGAAGAGUCGGCGGAGGAUGCAAGCGUUGUUGAAGCGAGUGGCCGAGAAAGAGGCGGGACAGACGGCGAGAGAUGGUUAUCAUUUCAUCGAUUUGAGCUUGUAUGCAGACAGUUUGUUUGGCAAGAGUAAAGAGUUUAUUGACGAGACGAUUCGGGAUGUCUUGAAUACAUAA